GUGAAAGUUCUAAAAAAGUUUUCACAGCGACUGACUGAUCGAUGACCCAAUUUUUGCUGCGCUGCACCACAUUUUUAUUUUUUUAUUGUACUGGCAACAUUAUCUCACUGAUUGUGCAGAAGAAAAAACAAUGGUGUGAUUCCAGAUUUUUAUUUAUAACAUCAAGAAACUGAACAAAUCCUGCAAUAACUUUCCAAAAUUAUCCACAAGACUGUUUAUACUUAUUUUAGAUUAAAUAUUUUUUUUUUUGGUUCGAACUUAGGGUACAAGCGAUUUUGUAAUCAACUAAAAAAAACACUACAAGAAAAGGAUGCCAACAUUGCGAGAGAGAAUAAAAAGACGGAACUAGUUAUUUAUUUAUUUUAAAUAAUUUAAUACAAUAAAUAGUUUUUAGUUAUUUUUUAAUCAUAAUAAAAAAAUAUAUAUUAUUCAAAUAUAGUUAAAAAAAUAUAAUGGAAUUCAAAAUAUUAGAAACGUUGAGAUUGUGACAUCACAUUUUUGUUUUUUUUUUUUUCGAGAUUAUUAUCAUCACAAUGUAUGACGGGUGUGAUAGUUUCUGAUAUAUAGUCUUGAUGGGGCAAUAUGGACAACAUGGCGUCCAACGUGUCUCUACGUAGCAAGAGGAAAGACAACCUCAUCACCAGGAAGCAGGAUAAGAGUCCAGAGAAGACUAUAAGGGGCACAAGAGGCGCAUACAGAGGCAUCCCUUCUACGUCGAAGCGCGAUGAGGAUACGGAUGGCUCCACGGAGCGGCUGGACCGGCCCAAGAAGUUCCUGGCACAGAACAAGAGCACAUAUGGAUUGGGCAAGCGGCCGGAUUUCUCGCUGAAGAACCGCAAUGUGCACCUCGCCUCCUCGCGGUAUGGACAGAUGACAUCCGGCCUCCACGGCCACGGUCACCAGAUCUCGCAGCCGGCGCACCACCUCGACUCCAGCGUGCUGCCCGCCAAGGAGAAGACUGUGCAUGGCAAGGAAAAGACAUUUAAGGUGGUGAUGGGAGGCGAGGUGGGUGUGAUAAAGACACCGGUGUUGGGCCCGCGGCCCUACAACGCGCUGGCCAUCAUCCACACGCAGCAGAGCAACACCUUCGACAUGCUCAACUCGCUCACCACCAGUGUCGCCAGCCAACCAGUAGUGGGCGUGGGCGGCUACCGGCGCCGCAGCUCUGGCCAGGGCGCCAUCUGCGACCCCGAGCUGGACGACAGCGGGAACAAGCUGGUCGCGCGCCUCGAGGACGACGCCUUCAUCUCCGAACAGGAUCUGGAAGAGAACAUAGAGGCGACUGAGAAGGGUCUUCCACACGCUCCCACUGAUACUGCAGAAGAGCAGGAGCAGAAACCGCAGAAUGGCGUGUACGAUCGGUUCGAACUGGAGAAGCUAGAGGAUAAAGACAAGGAGAAGAUCGACAACGAAGACGAGGAAGAACCCAUUGGAGUGUCGCCCUGUGGAAGGUUUUUCAAGUACGACAAAGAGGUCGGUCGUGGCUCGUUCAAAACUGUGUACCACGGUCUCGACACUCAGACCGGAGUCGCCGUGGCUUGGUGCGAGUUGCUGGAGAAAAAGCUGAACAAAACGGAGAGGUUACGCUUCAGGGAAGAAGCCGACAUGCUGAAGAAACUGCAGCAUCCCAAUAUCGUGCGUUUCUACAACUACUGGGAGGGCACUGUGGCCAAGAAGAAGAACAUUGUCCUCAUCACUGAGCUCAUGGUCUCUGGCACGCUUAAAACAUAUCUGCGUCGCUUCAAGCGCAUCAACCCCAAGGUGCUCAAGUCGUGGUGUCGGCAGAUCCUCAAGGGGCUGAACUUUCUGCACUCCAGAACUCCUCCCAUCAUUCAUAGAGAUCUGAAAUGCGACAACAUCUUCAUAACGGGCACGACGGGCAGCGUUAAGAUCGGAGACCUGGGGCUCGCCACGCUCAAGAACAGGAGCUUCGCCAAGUCUGUUAUUGGCACGCCAGAGUUCAUGGCGCCCGAGAUGUACGAAGAGCACUACGACGAGUCGGUGGACGUGUACGCGUUCGGCAUGUGCAUGCUGGAGAUGGCCACCGGCGAGUACCCCUACAGCGAGUGCAGCGGGCCCGCGCAGAUCUACAAGAAGGUCGUCUCGGGCGUGAAGCCGCAGAGUAUAGAGAAGGUGUCGAUACCGGAGGUGCGGGACAUCAUUGACUCCUGCAUAAGACUCAAUAAAGCUGACAGGCCAAAAGUGAAGGAUCUGCUGAACCACGAGUUCUUCGGCGAGGACAUCGGGCUGCGGCUCGAGAUCGUCGGCCGCGACCUCGUCACCUCCUCCGACAUCACCAAGAUACAGUUCCGCCUGAAGAUCAUCGACCCUAAGAAAAGGUCAUACACCCACAAAGAGAACGAGGCGAUCCAGUUCGAGUUCGACAUAGUGAACGAUGACUGCGAGGAGGUUGCGAACGACAUGGCCAAGGCUGGACUCAUCAUGGAGGAGGACGCGCGGAUAGUGUUCAAGCUACUCAAGUCACAGCUCAUCAGUCUCAACCGCGAGAGGAGUGAAAAGAAGGCCCAAAUGCUGUUCAACCAAGAAAUCAUAAACGAGCAAAAUAGGCAGCAACAGUUGCUAUUGGAACAGCAGUUGAGACAGGUGAAAAUAAUCCAAAGUCAACAGCAAGCGGGCCCCGCGGACCAGGUGAAGGCUGGCCUGCUCAACGGCGUGGGCUCCCAGUCCAACCUGGCGUCUGUGCAACUGGAUCAACAAUCCCAACUCCUGCAAGCACAGCAGCAGUUGUUCCAGCACCAGUUUCAGCAUCACCUCACCAACGAGGAGAAGGCCAUGAAGCUGUUCCAGCAGAACCUCAUGCAGUCGCGCAUGUCGCCCAGCCUCGCCGCCGACCAGCAGCUGUUGCAGCAACAGCAGCAGCUGCUCGAACAGAACCUCAAACAGCAGGUGAUGAUGGAACAGAAUCUCCUUAACCAGCAGAUGUUGGAGCAGACCGUCACCAACCAGGCGUUGAUUGAACAGCAACAGCAAAGCCUCCUCGAAUCCCAGCAGACUCCUUUGCAGCCGAAUUUACUGAACCAACAGCUAGUGGCCAACGAGAUCAACACCCAGAACCAGGUAUUGCAGCAGCACAUAAUACAGCAGCAACAGAAUAUCAUAGCGCACCAGGCGGCGGCCAUCCAGCAGAAGCACUUGGAGGAGCAGCUGACGGCCCAGGAUAACAUAAUGGCCGCACCGCAGCAGAAUCAAGUAUUGGAUCCAUCCCUUCAAACUUUGCAAAAUAUAUUGGCACAAAUAAUUCACAGGCCGGACUCGUUGCAAGCGAGGAAAGACUCAGAAUCGGAGCAGAUGCAGCAACAACAACAGCUACAGACUGCUCAACAACAGGUUGUCAAUCAGCAAACUGAGAACAUUGAAGUCCAGCCGACGAGUCAACAAGAAAUGGAUGGUGCAAAUCAAUCUACAAAUUACCUAAACGCUCAAGUGCAUCUACCUUCCAGUCAGAGUGCAAACUUUCAUCCAAAUCAGCAGUAUAUACAACCGAAUUUGCUGACGGCCGUUGUGGAUCCAGUCAUCAUGGUGCAGCAGCAGCAAGUGGCACAAGCGCAGCAACAAGUUGCACAAGCCCAGCAACAACUGAACAUGCAGAAGCAAAUGCUGGCUCAACAACAAAUAAUGCUCCAACAGCAGCUUAUCACACACCAACAGCUAACAAUGCCGGGACAGACGCUCUCCCCCCAGCAUAUAAGAAACUUGCAGCAACAGCAAUAUCUAGCUCAACAGGAGAUGCAACUGCAAACUCAACAAAACAUGAUAGAUCAACAAAAUUUAGCGCUGCUGACUCAACAACAGCAACUUAUGGGGCAACGGCAACAAGUUGAAGAGAUGCUGCGGUCACAGUCACAGCGGCCUGUGUACACCAGACAAGGAUCCGAGCAGAGCCAAAUGAGUGGAGCUGAUGUUCAUGAUCAACAGCAAACAAUGAUCUCGGAUCAGUACCAGCAAAGUACACAGUCCACGCUGCAGUCACAGAUUUCCGUAGACCAAAUGCAAUUUCAAAAUCAACAACAACAGCAGCAGCAGCAACAUCAACAGCAGCAGCAACAACAACAGCAGCAGCAGCAACAACAGCAGCAGCAACAAUUACAGCAGCAGCAACAACAACUACAGCAGCACCAGCAGCAUCAACAACAGCCACCGCCGCAACAACAGCAACAGCAGUUUGUAGAUAAACAGAUCCACAAACAACCGUCGGAAGACCAAUACCACCAAGCGCAUCAGAUGCAGGGCAAAUCUUUGCCACACAACAUGGUGGUGCAAAACUUCAACCUGGUACAGCAGAACGAGAGGCAGAUAUCUAGUCAUGAAGGCACUCCCGUGCAGAAUUAUCCAGCCAAUCCUCUGCAGAUGUACCAGCAGAAUCAACCCGUUCAAACCAUGCCCAACAUGGCGUACCAAGUCGAGUCUUCGAUAGCAACCUCAGUUCCUAGUACUUUACCUCAAAAUCCACCAGCAACGCAUUAUCAGCAAGUCGACAGCGUCCCAGCGUCGUUGCCUACCUCUAUGCCCGUUCAAGUUCACGAGGUUCUUACGAGCCAGCCGCCUAGUCAGGUUCCGCAGACGAGCCAAGCCCCGGAGUCGGUGCCUCAGCAGCUGAACAUCCCACCUGAGGAUGCGUUGACCAACGGUAGUCAGAAGGAACAGUUCCACACGCCGAUGACGGAGUUCCCGUCUGGCGCCACUCACGUUGAGGCUAUACGGCAACCAGAGUUGAGUUCUGUGGAGGAGAAACAGACGGAGCAACAAGAAGUGGGCACGGCAGUACCCUCGCCUAUAUCCGGCGAGAAGAAAUCCCGAGGGUCGAAGAAGAGGUCCCGGGAGAAGGAGAAAUUCCCUCGCCUCACAGUCCUCACUGUCAGCGACGACAACACGGUAGUGGAGUGCCUGCUCGAGUCCAAGUCGAAGACUGUCACCUUCAAGUUCCACGUGCCCGAUGUCAACCCGGAGGAUCUGGCGAAUAAUUUUGUAGCGAACAACUUGCUGCCCGAGGGCCACAGCGCAGCGUUCAUGGAGCUGCUGGGCGACAUCGUGCGACAGCUGCGCGACCCCGCCGCCGGCAAGCCGCCCCUGGCGCCCUCCGACCGGCUGCGGCUCAAUAUAGACAAGUCCGACUACGACUCCGAGACGACGGAGCGCGACGACAACCUGACGGACUCGAACCAGGACAACUCGGAGUGCACCACGCCCACCGCGUCGCAGGACAGCAUCGCGCUGGCCGAGCUGGCGGACGAGCCCGAGCCGCCGCCGCUGGCGCACGAGCCGCGCGCGCCCGCGCCGCUGCCCGCCGCCGCGCGCAAGAUCAGCACCGCGUCUUCCAUAGGUUCUAAUCAAUCCGACGGCGGGUCGCUAGCGGACCGCUCGGGCAGCACAGAGUCGAACGGAGAGAGAAAAUCACAAAAACCCUCUCGUAAGAUAUCGAGAUUUCUAGUCAGCCCCGUCGUGGACCGCGGCGAGGACGUCCCCGAGGAGAAGGGGUCCGAACGGACCGAAGAGAGGUCCGAGGCGGCCAAACUCGAAACCAAAGAACCGGGUACAGUGAUCCGGGAACAAGUCAACGGUCUACCUGAGGAACCUGAAUCACAAUUACAGUCAGAACCGGCGCAGAUACCAGUGCAAGAACCGGUACAGAUGUCGGUGCAAGAACCGGUACAGGUACCGGUGCAAGAACCGGUACAGAUGCCGAUGCAAGAACCAGUACAGAAGCCGCCGCAGACCGUGCCGGAGAACUUCGUCCCCACUCACCAGUAUUCUCUAUCAUCACAAUUAUCGCACACGCCGCAAACUGUCACGGAUCACAGGGCAGAAGUCAAACAACUACCCGAACAGAGCGUACAGAUGCCACAGAGUACAGCACAGCCGAUUACCAGCUCUAUACCCAGCAACUUACAGUCCACAAUCCCUCAAACGAUGCCCUACGCCAUAAACCACACGUUACUUAACGGUGGAUUACAACCCAAUCUCACGAACUUAACAACUCCUUUACAAAUAGCAACAGAUACUCCAUUGCUUGGGUUAAGUCAAGUUGGUACACCGGUUGUUGGUGGGGAUUUGGGGCUGAACAUUGGACUGGCUCAAGUGGCACCUAGUCUUGUGGACCCCAUGGGGUUGGGCCGACUCCAGUUGGGCCAACCGACGUUGACGCCCAACACCGGGGUCAAUGACACGCUGGCGAACGCGGAGAACAUUCAGCGGAUGCUGUUGAAGCAGAAUAUUAUAAAUCAGCAACAGAAUCUCUCAGGGCCCAAUCUACUGGGUCUCCUCAACCAACCACAGUUUCCGCAACCGGAGCUCGGGUUGCAUAACAACCUGCUUCACGCGCAACCAGGCGCCGCGGGCCGGCUGCCGUACGCGCCGCCGCGAUACUACCAACCGAUGCUGGCGACAGCGAACGACCUUAUAGUUCAACAGCAAGCUCUCCAGACGUCGGUGAAUCAAUUCAACCAGCCAAUUGGCCCCGCUUUUGCACUAGGCCUAGGCCUCGGGUCUCCCCUGCAAGCGGGCCUCGGCGCACAGAAUCUCGGCCUCCAACAGAACAUAGGCCUCGCUAGUCAGAAUUUAGCUCUCAACCAAAAUCUUAUGAGCCAAAAUCUUGGGCAAAACUUAGGCUUAGCGGGCCAGAAUUUAGGUUUAGGUCAGAAUCUCAUGGGGGGGCAGAGCUUGGCACUCGGUGGCCAGGCCUUGGGGCUCGGAGGCCAGAACCUGUCCCUGAUGGGCCAGAAUCUUGGCCACCUUGUGGCCCAAAGGGCGGUACACAACGCUCUGGCGAAGCGAGCUGUUGAUAUGGAGAUUGGCAUGACGAACGUGAACUCGACGAACUCGACGCAGCCCGGCACGCCCAGCAAGAGCCAGUCCUACAACGAGUACAUGCUCACGCUGCAGAACAAACACUCCUCUAUUAACAACAGCGGCCCGGUGUCGCCGCAGUCCCCGCUAGAGUACAGUCCGGCGCUGUCGCCCACACAGCGACAGCUGCACGGGAUCGCACACAAGCGGGAAGUAUUGGACGGCGUGACGGCAGCGGGCGCCGACACCGAGGAGAGUCAUGCUGACCAGCUCGCGCGUUUAGAUCACCAGCUCAGCAAGAUCAGCUUGCACUACAAGCAUCUAACUCCCAAGGAUGCGUUCAGCGACCACAGCGAAGACGUGCUAGCGGGCGACAUUGCCGGCACGGCGGUUCCCACUUAUGAAGAGAAGGACGGGCGGUGGGUGGUGUCGCGAGCGACUCCGCUGCGCAGCUACGCGCUGUGCAGGCUGCUACCUGAACACGCCGCGCACGACAAAGACAAACUAGACCUGUCGGCGACGUCGUUUGCGGGCGAGGCGGACGAGCUGUCGUGCGACAACACGUCGCUGUGCGAGGAGGGCGCCGCGCGCGGCGAGGCCGAGGCGGAGGGCGGCGAGAGCGAGGCCGAGGACUGCGAGACGUACGUGCUCACGGACCGGGCGCGCGCGCGCUGCUACGUGCUCGAGGACGCGUUAGCUUCGCGCAGGCACACCAUCCUCGACCCCGCGCCGAGGCCGGCUCUGUCGAAGCAGAGCCCGGUGGAGGCGGCGGCGGGCGAGGAGCGCGAGCGCAGCUACCUGAUCGUGGACCCGCUGCGCGACAUGACGUGCACCGUCAUCGAGCGCACGCUCAGCCUGGACGAGGAGUUCCUGCCCUUCGUGGAGCAGAGGUACCGGCCCGCGCCGCAGGACGGCGACAAGGUGUCCGUAAGCGAAGAGCUAGGCAAAUGGCGGGAUGUGGAGGGGAGUGUGUGGGUGGAGGGGGGGUCAGUAGAGGGCGUCAAACCCCCCCGGUUCCUAAAAGACGCGGUCGCCGCGGAGCUGUGCGCCGACAUCUUCAUCGACGAGGCGCUCACCGACAAAGCGCUGUGCCGGCAGCUGGUGCUAGUGGCGGUGCGCGGCGCGCGCUCGUGACGCGGCACCUUGUACCUUGACUUGUAUUUAUUGUGAUGUACCUUGUACCCUACUGUACUGUACCGUACCGUACCCUACUGUAUCAUACUACCAGCUACCUACUAUAUCUGCGCUGACAUUUAUAUCAUUACAACGUUAUGUUUAAUUAAUUAAAUAUUCAUAUGUGAUAUCCUGA